AUGGGGGUAAUCAUACCCAAGCACAGCAUAUCUGUGUGCUAUAAUUUACUCAUAAGAGUUAUUAAUACACCUGAACAUAAAAUUGAAUGCAGUGCCAUUGAAAAAACACAUAUGUCAGAAGCAGAAACAGUCAAAGUGAAAAUUAGAACAACACAGAGCUUUGAAAAUGAACAGCAAAAUACUUCGCUGAGAGAAGUAAAGGUGUGGGAAAUGAAGCUUCAUGGCAGUGAGGAUUUUGACUGGGUAUUGAAUUUCAUUACUCCCAACCUUAAAAUAACAACAAUAACAAUAACAAUAACAAUACAAACUGACAGUUGCACCAGCUCCCUUCCUCUGCAAGGUCUCCCUAUCGUCAUUCUGAAUCAAGCAGAUCAUCCAGAAAAUCAUCUAGCAAUUAAAGAUGAGAAACCUAUGAAAGGCAUCAUUCUCAGUUCAGUAUCAGAAUUCAGCAUCACAGAUGUACCAGCAAAGGACACCAAAAAUGAGAGAAAAUUGUCGGAAUCUAGUACAUCUACAUUAUCAUCCCUUAAGAAAUGCAGAACACAAUUCAGCUACCUUGAAGAUGAUGAAAGAGACAGUAAUGAUGAAUGUGCCACACUCAUCCUGGCCUGCUUGUUCUGCCAGUUUUGGGACUUUCUGUUCAUGUUGCCCGAUGUCUGUGAACAUUGGUUGACCAAUGUGUGCUGCCCUUCCCAUAGAUAUCUCCAAACCUCAAGCGACGACCCCAACAACGGUGACUGCAGCUGUGAUUGUGACAUUGACUGCAGCAUCCUUGAGUCUUGUCAUGAAACCAGCGAGUGUCUGGAACUGGCGCUGGAGAUCUCUCAAGUCUGUUAUCACUAA